CCCGUUGUAAAUUAUUUCACAUGUGCGUCUGCCUCAAAUGUGCAAGAAUCAAAUCAGCAGGCGGCCCACACCCUGAUGCACAGGGACGACAGAUGGAUCCAUCCACACACAUCCACUCAAUCACUGCACGACUGCCCCUGCGCACUCCAAACACGACAGACACAUCAUCAAUCACAUGAUGGAUGAUGCACACAACACACACGCCAUCAAGCGGAAGCGCAGCCCAGUGUGUCCCUCCCAGGUGCGGUGCGGCGUGUUGUCUUCCUUGCCGACACAGCUAGCGAUUAGAUAGACUUAGAAAGGGAAAUGAGACAGUGGCCAAUCGAUCAACACCGAGGUGGUCAACUCAACCCAGCGUCCCUCCCCGUCCCAACUCCUAAUUACUCAGCUGCUUGUCUGUCAUCUGGAGGGCGGCCUGCCCAUCGGACCGCCCGUUCGGGGCCCAGAUGAGGUGCCGCCGUACUGAAACGUAUCCAUCCCACCGCUGCUGACCCGCCCCAGCCCCAUACCUACACCGUAGCUCGACAAGCCUGCCUCAUGCGAUGGGUGGAGCCCUGUCCCAGUUCCCGUCGGCAUGGAGGUCUGGUGUUGGAGGCCGGGGGUGGUCACGUGUGCCUCCUGCUGCUGGGAUGGGAGGGACAGGCCCAAACCUGCCGUUGAGUAUGGCGCGCGAUAGCCGUAGUCUGACCAACCAACACGCACACACACACACGUAGAGGGUGUGUUAUGGAUGGAUCGAUGUGGAUCCCGUACCUUCGCGGAGUGGUGUGGCGCCGAGUCCGAGUGUGUAUGCGUUGUCUGGCAUUUGGCUCUGGAGGUUGGCGAGUUCGUUACGGAGGUUCUCCAUGCGAUACUGGUCGCUGCUCACGCGCUUCAGGAACGAAACUAUCACCUCAGAUUGACUGCAGGCAGACAGACAGGCAGGCAGGCAGGCAGACAGGCAAGGAGAUACAUUGACGUGAAUGAACGAAUGAGGGUGCAUAUGUUGUGUCUGCCGCACCGAACGAGAAGGUCGGUGUGGUCUUUGCGGAUGCUCUUCUCGGUCUCCACCACACGCACACGCUCCUGACACACAUGUGCACAUCAGUGCAGUGCUUAUUUCGGUGUGGUGGCUGUGUGCGCCGCCGUGCCCUCCCUCACCUGUAGUUUGUCGAUCUCGGCAGUCUUGGCGACGGCCGACUUCUCCAACUCGUGGAUAAUCGUCUGCAGCUGAGUGUUCUGGUUCUGAUGGACCAAAGUCGAUCACACACAGACGAACAGGUGACUGCGCGUGUUGGUCGAUCCACGUGAGUGAGUGUGUGUGUGUGUAUGUCGCACCUUGAGCUGUUCGACUUGUGCGUCGUGGUUUUGUCUCAUGGUGUCGAGGAUCUCGUCGUUGCGCCGACGGGCCUCAGUCACUUGCUUCUGGAACUUGCGCUGAUCAGAGGAACCAACACACACACACACACAGAUGUGGGUGCCAACUGUCCUCUGUGAGAGUGUUGGUACUGACCUCAAGGCCGAUGAGCUGUCGUUCGUGUUCAGCCUGUAGAGUGAGAGUGCGCUUCUCGGACUCGGUCUUGCUCAGCUGCAGCAGCGCUGUGUUGAUCGUGUCUGUGAGCUGUCUGAGCGAAUCGGGGGCCGCCGGCCGGCCGCCAGUCUCAUACAUCCCUGCAGGCAGGCAAACAGGCCGCCAGCCAUAAACGCACGCGCCCUGUGCUGCUGUCCUGUCCGUCUGUGUUGAGGCUAGGCUGGCCCACCUUCCUGGAGUCGCUGUUUGUACUUGUCGAUCUCGGUGCGGUUGGACCUCUUCUCGUCGUCGAGCUGAGCCUGGAGCCGGUCAGCCUUGUGGGCCAUGUCCUCUGCCUGCCGCCUGGCCUCGUCCAGCUUCUCCUCCAAGUACAACUUCUCCUCAGUCCACCUACACACACACACACACACACACACACGUGUCAUACACACACAUAUCAGCCGGUGUGGGGUUGCUAGGGUCAAUGCGAUGGUCUUGCUGCUCACUUUCUCCGUUCGUCGUGUACGCUGCCGACGACCUCUUGCCUCUCGUGGUCGAGUGCGCUCUGCGUCGCCUGUGAGAUGGACAGAUGCAAAACCGCAACACACCACAUGUGGGUGUAUAUUAGUGCGUGUGAUAGUGAUACCUUGUAUUUGGCCUCCAAUUCCACGACGCGUUUCUCGAGCUCUAGCUUUUUGUUUUCGAGUACGGUGCGCAUGUCCUGGAACACACGGUUGACACUCUCGACCAGCAAAUUCAUACCGAAACCCAUCAGAAUCUGCCAGCCAGCCAACCACACACAAGAUACAUACACACGGAGAGAGAGAGGGCGGUGCUGUCAUCCAGCCAGCCAUCCAUCCAUCCAUUCAGUUGGUAGUGCUGGUGUCUGAGGCUGCUUGCCUGUGCGCUGGAGGGUCCCUUGGCUUUCUGCUGGAACUGUUGGUGAAUGGCCUGCCAGUCCUUGAGGAGUUCGUCCAGCUGCCGGUACGCCUUGGUCGCCAACUUCUCGUAUAUCGUCUUGUUGUACGACUCGCGGAUGAGCUGACACAUUGUCAGUCAGUCAACCACCACACAUACAUGAAGGCACAUGUUAUGUGUGUGUCGUGGAUGGAUGUGACUCUCCUGACUGACUGACCUGUUCAGCCUGUCGUUUGCUGAGUGAGACGUUUUCGCUUUCGACUUGCUCGAACAUGGCCCCGAUCUUGUCUGAGAACUCCUUCCGGAAACCCUUGUACCUGCACACACAAACAGCAAAGGAAGCAAAAGAUGGGCCGUGCUGUGCUGUGCUGAAAGGACGCAGUUGGCGACAUACGGACGAACCUCAUGUCGUUUUCAUCGAAGUUGUGUGAUUCGAAGACCUUGAGCGCCGCCUUCUUGCUCUCCUUGUGCAGCGCACGGAGGUCCUUGAAGUCCAUCGGCAAAUGCUGCAUCGCCUGUGCAGCAAACAUCAAGGCAAGGCCACAUACGUACGCAUCAUUAGACACCUACCUACCUACCCUGUGGAUGAUGUCUGUCUGUCUGUCUGCAUCCUUUCUUUGUGUGUCGCCUCGCGUCGCCUACCUUGUCGUUCAUGAGCUGCCUGUAGGUGUGCUGGGCGUCCUUCAGACACUUGCGCAGCUGACCGUGCAUCACACUCUGGCAGCAUCCAUCACAGACAGACACGCAGGCAGGCAGGCAGUCAACGGACACAUGUCAAUCAAUCUCCCUGGGUCCGGCUGCCGCUCACCUGCCAUGCGGUUGAGAUGGUGGGCACGGCUGAUUCGUUGAGCGCCUUGACGUACUCCUGCGCGAGCUGUGCGAGCAUGGGGCCGCUCACAGGCACUCCACCGAUGCUCUUGGGCUUGAUGUUGGCGUACACCUUGUGCACAAACGCCUCAACCUAGUCGAUCAAUGCAAUGCAUCCAUCCAUCCUAUGCCAUGCGAUCGAUCCAUUUCUUUCGACAGACAAAGACAUACAGCCUCGUGCGUGACGUGACGUACCUGCUGUUUGAACUGUGGUCUGAGUCUGUCGUAUGGCACCCUCUGUAUCUCCCGGAGGUCCUUCUCGUCAGCCACGGGCCGAACCAACGUCAUGCAGUCACGAUCCCUGCACACACAUAUCCAUCCAUCCAUCCACACCGAUCUGCCACAACGCCUUCUCGCCACCCACCCACCUGAAGAGGUUCUUGAUCAUGGAUCGAAUUCUGUUCUUCUCGACGAUCUCCUCACUGUCGCCGGCCUGUGGCUGCAGUGCGUUCUCGAGGUAGUCCCGCGAUGUGAUGGCCUUGUUGGUGCUGGGGUCGAUCAACUGAAGCGCGAAGUCACGCAACACCCACAGAAACGACGGAAACACAGUCGCCAGAUCAGCUAUCUCAGCGUCGGGGCUCUUGGGCCUGUUUGAGCGGGGAGGGAGAGAGGCAGGCAGGCAGAGUUUGGUUGGUGUGUGGUUCGUUCGUUCGUUCCUUCGACUCUCUCUGACCUUGACUUGACGUGUAUAUGUUUCGUCAGCUGCAGCACCAGUGCCAGCGAGUCCAACGCCUGCACACACACACAUGCAUUGCAAGGAUGAACGACACCGCCGCAGCAAGGGUGGGGUGUGGGUGUGGUCUCCUCUCCGCAAUGAUUGACUGACUACUGACCGACCGUCUCGUCGAUGGCCUUCAUGGAGUUGUAGAUGAAGUAUGAUGCGAGGAGGAGCGAGAGGCAUAUGAUCUGCAUGUCGAUGCUCUGCGUGCGGUGGAAGGAGCCCAGCCCUUCGGUGUCGAGGAAGAUGCAGUGGAAGUUGGGCGCCACCUGCACCGGCUGACCCCACAUCCAUAUACCCUAUAUGACACACACACACACACACAGACAACACAAUCCAUACCGACACACACCAUGCCAGGCACCUACCCAGCUACCUACCUUAGUGCAUGGGUUGGUGGAGGGUCCGAUCUCGAAGCCCUGCUGCAGCCCCAGUAGUCUGUUGAGGAGGUAGCUCUUGCCGGUGCGGUAGAGCCCUGCGAUGGUGACCACCCCGAGCUUGCCCUCUAUCUGGUUGAGGAUCUCCACGGCAUAUGGGUUCAGCUUGCACUUGCCGUGGUCGUCGAUGUCUAUCAGCGUCACAGGCCCGUUGUGGUAGUGACUCUUCUCAUCCGGCUUGUGGGGGGGCGGCGGAGGGCCCUGCGGGGAACGGCUGCGAGGCUGCGCCGGAGCCUGGGGGGGACGGCCCUCGCCGGGUGGUGAGGACCCUGCCCACAUGCCAAACGGCAAUCAAAUGACAGGGUCGAGUGGUCCCGAACGGCGUGCCGAAGGGCAAAAGAGUUGCGGAGAGUCCCCUUUUGGUCCCUGGCGAGCAGCAACGCAGGCGGCCACAACGAUGACGAAGAUGCAAUUGGUCCAGGUUCGUCAAGGCUGUGUCGUCCGAGGAGUACUUGCCCUCCACACCUCCUCCCUCCCUUCCCUCUCUG